GUUCUUUAUUUCAGAAAGUGUUUGACAGUUCGCCAUUGUGGUUGUGCGUAGAAAGUUUUGUCAAAUUUGCAUUUUUUAUUAUAUAUUGUAACUUAUUAAAUAAACCAAAUACUUCAACAUGAGGGAAAUUGUACACAUCCAAGCCGGUCAAUGCGGAAACCAAAUCGGAGCUAAGUUUUGGGAAAUCAUCUCCGACGAACAUGGCAUUGAUGCCACUGGUGCCUAUCAUGGCGACAGUGAUUUGCAAUUGGAACGCAUCAAUGUAUACUAUAAUGAAGCCUCUGGUGGCAAAUAUGUACCCCGUGCUGUCUUGGUCGAUUUAGAACCCGGUACCAUGGAUUCAGUUCGUUCAGGACCAUUCGGACAAAUUUUCCGCCCAGACAACUUCGUUUUCGGCCAAUCUGGUGCCGGCAACAACUGGGCUAAGGGCCAUUACACAGAAGGUGCAGAGUUGGUCGACUCUGUCUUAGAUGUUGUAAGGAAAGAGGCUGAGUCAUGCGACUGCUUACAAGGUUUUCAAUUGACACAUUCUUUGGGCGGUGGUACCGGCUCCGGUAUGGGUACCUUGCUCAUCUCAAAGAUCCGCGAAGAAUACCCCGACAGAAUCAUGAACACAUACUCCGUUGUACCUUCCCCCAAAGUAUCUGAUACAGUUGUAGAACCCUACAACGCCACACUCUCCGUACAUCAGUUGGUUGAGAAUACAGACGAAACAUACUGCAUUGACAAUGAAGCCCUCUAUGACAUCUGUUUCCGCACCUUGAAACUUACCACACCCACAUACGGCGAUUUGAACCAUUUGGUUUCGCUGACCAUGUCUGGCGUAACUACAUGUCUGCGUUUCCCCGGCCAAUUGAAUGCUGAUCUCCGUAAAUUGGCCGUCAACAUGGUUCCCUUCCCCCGUCUUCACUUUUUCAUGCCUGGUUUUGCUCCUCUUACAUCCAGAGGUUCGCAACAAUACCGCGCUCUCACAGUCCCCGAACUCACACAACAAAUGUUCGACGCCAAGAACAUGAUGGCUGCUUGUGAUCCACGUCAUGGUCGCUACUUGACCGUAGCUGCCAUCUUCCGUGGCCGUAUGUCUAUGAAGGAAGUCGACGAACAGAUGCUUAACAUCCAGAACAAGAACAGCUCCUACUUCGUCGAAUGGAUCCCCAACAACGUAAAGACAGCCGUGUGUGACAUCCCACCCAGAGGCUUGAAAAUGUCGGCAACAUUCAUUGGCAACUCGACCGCUAUCCAAGAAUUGUUCAAGCGUAUCUCCGAACAAUUCACUGCUAUGUUCCGCAGAAAGGCUUUCUUGCAUUGGUACACUGGUGAGGGUAUGGACGAAAUGGAAUUCACAGAAGCCGAAAGCAACAUGAACGACUUGGUCUCCGAAUACCAACAAUACCAAGAAGCUACCGCUGACGAAGAUGCCGAAUUCGAAGAAGAACAAGAGGCUGAAGUGGAAGAAAACUAAACUA